AAAUUUGAAAAAAAAAAAGAAAAAAAGAAAAGGAGAGUUCAAAGUUGGGAGUGCAUUGCCAAAAUUAGAAACUUGAGGUGCACAAAUUUCAAUAAUAAAUACUUAGAAGUACUAAAAGAGUAAAAAUAUGAGCCAGAGUCCGUUAUUCGCAACUAACUCAAAAAGAAUUAUAGAGAAAAGAAGAAUUCACUUCUUCUCCUCCUCUUUGAGCUCUGGACAUUGAAAUAAACAUUCGAAAAAUCUGUGCAAGAAUUAUAGAGAAAAGAAUUCUCUUAUUAGCGAUUCGUUAAGAAUAAUUAUGUCUACCGGGGAAGAGGAAGUUGUGCGGGAGCUCAACAGCAACGGCGGCGCCGGCGAUGAGAAACCGCAAAUCAACUCCUCUGGAGCCGCUUUUGUGGAUGAUGGCCUGAAAUUUGUCCGGGACGCCGUCCGUGAACUUCCAACUCCCGCCGUCAAAGACUUACUGUCAUUUGGGGCUUGUUGUGGCUGCAUUUUUCGGGUUUUUGGUAUUUAUGAAAGUAUUUAUUCUUUCCCUUCGAUGCCCACAUCAAGUGUGAGCUCAAUUCUUGGAGAAGUAUUUGGGCCACAGGUCGACAUGAAGGAUGAUGUUUCUGGUGAAAAUGACAAGUUGAGCAUACCAUCUCUCUUAGAGCCUAAAGUAUGCAGCAUCUGUUUAGGCGUCUUGGACUUUGUCUACCAUGACGAGCAAGGAAUUUUGGUUAGGAAAGAUCGUGCAAGCGACCUCGCUCAGAUGAUUGUUGAAGCUGUGAAGCAAGAGUAUCAACUGAUUGAUGGUUUUUCUCUUGAAGUAUCAUUGCCGCCAGUGGUCUUGGAAAAUGAACAAAUUGUUAGGUUGUAUAUGAAGAAGAAGUAUGGUUCUGAAGAGUGGUUCCAGGGGAAAUCUGUGCCUGGGCAUAUAUCAGUGAAGGAUGCUUUAAAGUUGGCAAUAUCAGUUCCUCUAGAAAUAUCUCUGGGUGUGAAAUCAAAUCUAAGCAAUUUCCGCAUUCGAUUGGAAUAUGAACUUUCAGAAAAAUCUACUCAAACCCAAGAUACUAAGGAGAUCACAGGAUGCAAAAGGAGAAAAAAAGAGGGUACGAGAAAUGGUACUGAUUCGAACAAUGAAUUCAUUGAACUGUCUAAAGGCUUCACCAAGGAGUUGGUAGAUCAUGGAAGUGAUGACCUAAAUUUACUGGUGAAGAAGGGUAAUCAGUAUUUUCAUUUGGCAGUCAUUUGCUACCGUUGUCCUAUAUAUAUUGGUGGCAGAUAUCUGAAGUACUCCCGAAAUGUUAGCCAAACUUGCUGGAUUAUUGAGGACGAAAGAAAGGGAGAGGCAUCAGUUGAGGAAAUAGUAGGUGGCAACAUACUUCCUUUCUGUGAAGGUGACAGUUACAAGUUUCAUGCUGCUGGUAGAGAGGAUAUAGACGUCCGAAUGCUGGGUACAGGUCGGCCUUUCCUAGUUGAGAUACAAAAUGCUCGACUAUUGCCAUCUGAAGUGCUUAUAAAGGAAGCAGAAAUGAAGAUAAAUAGCCUGGACCAUAAACUUGUAAAGGUUAAGAAUCUCAGGAUUUUAGAUAGUAAAGGGUGGGAACUGAUGCGCGAAGGAGAAGCUGAGAAACAGAAGCAGUAUGCUGCACUGGUCUGGAUAUCUCGUCCACUUGAGGAUGGAGAUUUGCAGACUCUGUUUUCGAUCACAGACAUGAAAAUUUCUCAGAAGACACCGAUAAGAGUUCUACACCGCCGAAGUCCUUUAGCUCGUGAAAAAGUUAUACAUUGGAUGAAAGUGGAGAAAAUAGCGGGAAGCUGUCAGUAUUUUUUACUGCAUCUAUGUACUCAGGCUGGGACAUAUAUCAAGGAAUUUGUGCAUGGGGAUCUUGGAAGAACACACCCCAGCAUUGGUUCAAUACUUGGGUGCAGAGCAGAAAUACUACAACUUGAUGUCACAGAUGUGAAAAUGGACUGCUUUUAGUUUGUAGAGGGGAUAAAGCGGUUCCAUAACCUGGAGGGUUGGCUCUGUAAUUGGUAAUGUGCUUUUUUCCCUGAGCAAAAAAAUGAGCAAUGCAAUGCUGUUUUGCUGAGAUCAUAGAUGUUUUAUUUAUUUUUAACAAGUCUUUACUUUUUUCCUUGGAAGGCUGAAGUGGCUAUACGAUUUCAAAGUUGAGAGAUUUGUUCAGUUUUGAUUCGUUGUUUGCAAUUUUCAUGCAUGAUCGGCGUGUUGCACCCGUUUCUGCAAGCAUUGAUGCUGCUAGAUAGUAGUUGAUGGACAAAUAGGAGCAGUUUUCCUUGUAACUAUAUGAGUUAAGGGACCUGGAGAUAUCAGGGGUAGAGCUACAAACCCACUCCACAUUUAUCAGGAGUCAAGCUCUUCAAUUUUGUCCUGAGUUGAGUGCAAGCUUCUCACCUAAAUUUGAGCGAUAGUGUAGUGAAACGUGAUAUUUUGAAUAUUUCUUUUCCAUUCUACUUCUGAUCUUCAUAUAAUAAAGCAAGGUUUUGUUGACAAGUUGUAUGAAUCCAUUCCAUUCUUUUUAUACAGCAAUGAAGAGCUGAUUUCUUUGAA